AUUGUACUCUGAGCAGGAGAGAAGGAGGCGCGCUGCUCCUCUCCAUCACAUUUCACUUUCCAAACACUGACGGCAGAACAAAGGAGCCACCAUGUAGAGUCCACCAGGUAACACUCGUAUUAUCUCGGACCAGACCGUUUCUUCUUUGAGUGAUCCAAGCACUGAUUGCUCCGCUUCGGAAACGUGUCCACGGGAGUUUAUCGAUCCAUCCAUCCUGGAGGAGACGCGCUGCUCGUUGGAUGGAGGCGGGCUCCUGCUCUCUCUCUCUCUGACACCUGCGGACUCGGUGUUCAUUAAAACUCUCAUGUUUCGACUUUGAAGGGAGUUCAUCUCCUUUUUGAUGCCAGUUCUUUUUGAGAGCAGUCACAUCUAAGGAAGCCUUUGUCCAACUUUCUGCUUCGUAAUGGCAACCGGAGUAGCUGCAUGGCUUCCUUUUGCCAGGGCUGCGGCCAUUGGCUGGAUGCCUGUGGCCAACUGUCCCAUGCCCAUUGCUCCGAGAGACAACAGCAGAAAACAAGAUGAGCUGAUAAUCCUUAAUGUCAGCGGACGACGCUUUCAAACAUGGAGAACAACUUUGGAUCGAUAUCCCGACACUCUACUGGGCAGCUCAGAGAAGGACUUCUUCUACAAUGAGGAAACAAAGGAGUACUUUUUUGAUCGAGACCCUGAUGCCUUCAGGAGCAUCCUUAACUUUUACCGAACAGGAAAGCUCCACUACCCCCGUCAUGAGUGUAUCUCGGCCUACGACGAGGAGUUGACAUUCUUCGGAAUCAUACCUGAGAUCAUAGGUGACUGCUGCUAUGAAGAGUACAAGGACAGAAAGAGGGAGAACUUGGAGCGGCUGCAGGAUGACCAGGAGGAAAACAAAGAUCUGAAGCAGCCCAACUUGAACUUCAGAGAGACUAUGUGGCGUGCCUUUGAGAAUCCCCACACCUCCACCUUGGCUCUGGUCUUCUACUAUGUCACCGGCUUCUUCAUUGCCAUCUCGGUCAUCACCAAUGUGGUGGAGACUGUCCCCUGUGGUACUACCACCAACCAAAAAGACAUGCCAUGUGGUGAACGUUACACCGUGGCGUUCUUCUGCAUAGACACUGCAUGCGUCAUGAUAUUCACGGUAGAGUACCUGCUGCGCCUGUUUGCUGCGCCCAGCCGUUACCGCUUCAUGCGCUCUGUGAUGAGCAUUAUCGACGUGGUGGCCAUCUUGCCAUAUUACAUUGGCCUUGUGAUGACCAACAACGAGGACGUGAGUGGCGCCUUUGUGACUCUGCGAGUUUUCCGAGUGUUUCGCAUUUUCAAGUUUUCCCGCCACUCCCAGGGGCUUCGAAUCCUGGGCUAUACAUUGAAGAGCUGUGCCUCAGAGCUGGGCUUUCUCCUCUUCUCGCUCACCAUGGCCAUCAUCAUCUUUGCUACGGUCAUGUUUUAUGCAGAGAAGGGCUCCAGCUCCAGCAAGUUUACCAGCAUCCCAGCUUCGUUCUGGUACACCAUUGUCACCAUGACCACAUUAGGCUACGGAGACAUGGUCCCGAAGACAAUUGCUGGAAAGAUCUUUGGCUCCAUCUGCUCCCUGAGCGGCGUGCUGGUGAUUGCUCUUCCCGUCCCUGUCAUCGUGUCCAACUUUAGCCGCAUCUACCACCAGAACCAGCGGGCAGACAAACGUCGAGCUCAGAAGAAAGCCAGGCUGGCCAGGAUAAGAAUAGCCAAGUCUGGCAGCGCCAACGCCUUCCUCCAGAGCAAGCACAACGGACUCCUCAACGAACUGCUGGAGCUGACGGGUUCGGAAGAAGAUGAGCAGAAGCUGAUAAAAUCCAUCUCCCUGUUAGAGAGCCAACACCACCACCUGCUGCGCUGUCUGGAGAAAACUACAGCCCAUGAGUUUGUGGAUGAGCAGGUGUACGAGCAGAACUGUUUGGAAACAGCAUUGCAGACCUAUCCAUCACACAGUUCCUCAAUAGCCAGCCACGACAGUCCUGCGGUGACCUGCUGCGGCGCUAGUGGAAAGAAAAAUACUCCACUGCCCAAUGCCAACCUGCCCCUUGCAAACCCAGUCCCAUCACACCGGGGCCCCCUGCAGGAGCUCAGCGCUCUUCACAUACAGAGCGCUGACCCACUAUCACACACAAGCAGCCGCUCAAACCUCAAUCUGAGAACUGAUGAGAGCAAAAGGAUCAACUGCAAAAGCGGCCGCAUCACCACGGCCAUCAUCAGCCUCCCUACGCCUCCCGCUUUGGCCCCUGACGCCGACGGCCUCCACAGGCCGCUGCAGAGGAGGCCGCCGCUGCCUCUGGGUCACCCGGCGGCUCCCAGCAUCCAGACCACAACAAGCUCUGCUGGUACCAACAUCGUCAAAGUCUCAGCUUUGUGAUUCCCAGCCAGGCUGAUGUCACUCAGCAGGAGGCAGAGAAGGGACAGAGGAGGUAACACAACAGCUGUUGUUGAAUGCACUGUGUCCCCUGCUCACAGGGACGACGAUCAAAGAGCUGUGCUCCAGAACUGAGGAGAAAUCACUCGUGGACUUUAGAAAUUUGAACUGAGAAUGUCACACUUGUCAUUUUGUGUAUGUACUGUAGAUACGGAGAGACUUGCUGCAUUUCUAAUAGUUUCUUAAAUCAGAUGUCUUACUGGUAAAAAAAAAAAAAAAAAGAACAACAAAAGAUGUGCAGUUAGAGCCUCAACACAGGCUGACACAAGCUAAGUUUAAAAUGAAAUCAUCACAAUGAUAUUUGCUGACUUUAAAUAUUAAAGACAGAUAAAGAUGUUGAUUGUGUUUAUUGUAAUUUUAUUGCUCUUGUUUGUGCUUUGUGUUGUUGUGUUAAAGUACUUUUGGCCUCAAAGAUGUAUUAGAAGUUUUCUUUAUUCUUUCAAUUCACACUCCCCAUGGCUGCUGACUGUUUUAGUUGCCUUGGAUUGGACUCUAAAUUUUUCAAACUCAAGGGAAUGUCUAAGGAAGUCUUACAGUAUCCAUUGAUGGGGAAAAACUGUUCAUCCCUUUACCAAUUUCCUUUAUUUUUCAUUUUAAACUAAUUUUACAAAGAUAACGGGAGUAAAUAUGAAAAGCAAUUGCCACCUUAGUCUAUUUACUGUUAGAUUCAGUCUUGGCAGCAACAACUGCUAUUAAGCUUUGAGUCUUUUACAUCGCUGUGGAGAAGCUUCAACCUGUUGUUCAUUUAAGAAAUAUUUUAAUUUAACUACACUGGAGCAACUCAAUUGGAUUUAAGUUUGGAUUUUGACUAGGAGACACAAAAGCUUUUUUUUGUUGGGUUUUUUUUUUUUUUUAAUCCAGCUCUAGAGUGAGACUGAGCUUAAGGCUGGAUAAUUUUCUGAAAGAAAAUAUUUUUUUUACAUCCAUUACGGCAAGUCAGUGAGGUCUUGAAGUGGCACAGAAGAAGCUGAAGAAAUCCAUAAAAGGGACAACACCUUUCCUCAACAGCAUAGCUCUUUUUAAUGAAAGUUUUAUAUAUUUUUAAGUAGAGGUUUGAGGUGGAUACUGGGCACAAACAUUUUAAACUUUUAUAAUGCUGUGGUUGCAAUUAGUCAUUCAAGUAAACACUGUAGUUAUAAAAUAACUAAUGGUGUAUGAAGUUUUGAGAGAACCACAUGUUUAUGUGGUUUAUACCCUUACAAUAUCAUUUUAAUAAAUAUUUCAAAUUCAGAUUACAGGUCUAUUAAUAUCAUCCAACUUAAAUAAUAAAAAAAAACAAUUUCUAAAACUUUUAAAAGGAAAUUAUGGACAUUAAAAGGUUCAUUAUUACUUCUGUAGGAUUUUUUUUCAGCACCUUACAACAAGCAGGUUUAUAUCAUAAACAGACAAGAACAUCCACCAGAAACAUUCAGCCUCUUUAUUAUUUCACUUUUGCAGUGACACAAAGGAUGCAUUUUGUGACUUCAGCAUUUCUUUUGUUACAUGUUUCUCUAAUGUGCUAAAAACUUGAGAAGCUCUUAAGUUUUAAGACUAUCCACAGAGUAGCUGUUCAGUUCUCUCUCUCUCAUGCUGGAUAUCUAAUUCUGGUCAAAGUCAUGACUAUUAAUGAAGAAUUCUUGACUAAUUAGUGCUUAGAUUUUAUUUCACAUUGAUGUUUUUUUUGCUAUCGAGCCAUUUACAUUCUGGGCUUUGUGCUCCAUCAUGCUUUAGAAUGCAGAGAUCACCAAAAUGUGCCUGGGCUGCUGGAGAAAUUAGUCAUGGAGGACAUUUUAAUAAUAUUCUUUAUUCAUGAUAGUACUUUCAGGAGGUUUGGAAGAAAGUCCACUUCCCUGGGUGGCAAGCGCCCACACGAAUGGAUCGUCAAGAUGCUUCCAUGUCGGCACAAUACAGUAAUUGUCUUGACUUUCAUUGAGCUUACAAGUCUCCCAAAUAAUUUGUAGCAGUAGUAGGUACUACUGUGUAAAGAUCCACUUACCCCCACUUGCUGAUGGUGUUUGAUGAGCUCUUCGCUGGUGGCAGCACAUUUUCAUAGCACACCUCCGAAGAGGAGAUGGUUCUGGUGCUUUUGGACACUCAUGGAUGUCCUGAAGUCUUCUUGAUUACUAGUGCACUUCUCACACUACAGUUUCAGAAAACAUUUCUUUCAAUUUAUUUCAACUACAUGUAGCAAUAUUUUAAGGCAGAGGAAUGAAGGAACAUGCUGUUUGUUGGAGGUAACAAUUGGUAACACAAUAAGACAAUGGUUUCAAUCACUUAUCUUCCCCUCUUCUGUCGCAGUCAUGCUAUUGAUUAGACUGAUCAGAGAAUUACAGGUCUUUCAUAAGUUUACGCGUGCUCACAAGAUGACUGUUCAUCACAAACGCUGAACAUUUGUGUCACUGCAAGAACUUUUUGCCAUGCAAAACUAUAACAUAAAUGUUUAUGUUAAAGCCCAAUGUGUUAUUUUCUGGUUUAGGUUAGGAUUUUUUUCCUUCUACAGCAUCUGAACAGCUAAAAGAUUGAACUUGAAAUCUUACAGAAGAAUGAACAACUGGGAAAGAGGAGACUCAAGUUAAAAUUCACUCCUUGCCUUCACUUUGUUUUUUUUUAAUUUCAACUUGUUAAUAAGAAAUUCUCCAAGUGCAGCAGAUUAAAGAUAUCAAUGCUGGUUAUGCUGCAAAAAGCCAAUAAAUAACUCUGGAGGAUUGAGAAUUUGUUUUAACAAUAUCAAACAUAAAAGAGACUGAUUUAUAAUCCGAAGGAUGAAAGCAUAGAAGUAUUACAACACAGGAAGAAAAUGACUGAAAAUUCCUGGAUUGUUCCAUAUCAACAUGCUGCAUAAUGAUGAUCAUUUGAGCUGUUGUUUAAGCUAAUUUGUGAAUAUUUGCCAAUUGUGAUGCAGUUAUUUGUUUCAAAAAGUGUGUUAAUUCACCUUCAAGUUUGCUUGGUUUGCAGUAGAAAAUGCUGCUUGAAUUAUUUAAUGUAUUGAAUCAAUCAUGACGUAAAAGUGUUUUUGCAGUGUUAGUGUAGUUUAUGUUAAUUUUCUGUGUUCCGCCGCAUCAUAGAUAAAAUUUGUGCCAAAAUUGACCACUUUUCUAUCUUCUGUAAAAAAGAAAAAAAACAAAGCAAAGUUCUUCUGCCACUUUGAACAAUAUUAAAAGUCCUUUAAAUAUG